AUGCCACUACCAAAGAACGAAUAUCUCAGCGACUCCUGGAAGGAUGGCAUCUUCGCAAACAAGGUGGUCUUCUGCACUGGCGGCGCCGGAACCAUCUGCAGCGCCCAAGUCCGCGCGCUCGUUCACCUAGGGGCCAACGCAUGUAUCAUCGGUCGCAACGUCGAGAAGACCGAGCGCGUUGCGCAGGACAUCGCGACUGCUCGGCCCGGCGCCAAGGUGCUUGGCAUCGGAUCCGUGGAUGUGCGCAAGCUCGAGACUCUGCAGCAGGCUGUGGAGCGCUGCGUGAAAGAACUGGGCGCAAUUGAUUUCGUCAUUGCGGGCGCGGCGGGUAACUUCCUGGCCUCAAUUGAGCAGCUCUCCGCCAAUGCCUUCAAGUCCGUGAUGGAUAUCGAUAUCCUGGGCUCGUACAACACCCUCAAGGCGACUUUGCCGUACUUGAAAGAGUCUGGCAAGAAGCACAAGAUGGACUCGAAGUCUCUUCAGUCGUCGCCCCUUGGAACUGGCGGUAGAAUCAUCUUCGUCAGUGCUACCAUUCACUACCGUGGUAUGCCUUUCCAGACCCACGUGUCGGUCGCCAAGGCUGGUAUCGACGCUUUGUCGCACAGUGUUGCGCUCGAAUAUGGCCCUCGCGGCAUGACCUCCAACAUCAUCGCACCGGGUCCUAUUGCACAGACAGAGGGCUUUGAGCGCCUCCUGCCAUCGGAUGCUCUGGAGGCCUAUAUCAAGGGCCAGCCUCUUGGUCGCUUGGGCCACGUUCGUGAUAUUGCCGAUGCCACUGUGUACCUGUUCUCGGACACCGGUAGCUACGUAUCCGGCCAGACCCUUGUUGUUGAUGGUGCAAACUGGCGCAUGUCGGCGGGCGGCGCGUCCAGUGGGAAAUUGUCAUACCCCGACUUCUUGCUCUCGGGAGACGAUGUGCCUAAUGUGACCGGCAAGAAGAAGUCGAAGCUUUGA